AUGGCGGAGCUGUGGGGAAGCUGUGGGCAGAAAGGAUCUGGGAUCGGGGAGUGCCUGCCGCUGGAGAGGACAGUCCCAGGGAAGACCUCCCAGAGGAAGCGGCCCUUCGGUCGGGAGCUAAACAAAGGAAUACCUUACGCAGAUGAAGGGCAGGGGCGUCACUCGUAUCAAGAGUGCUCGCCCUACGCAGCCCACCUCUAUGACGCCGAGGACCCGUCCACGCCCCUGCGGACGGUGCCCGGGCUCUGCGAGGACUACUGCCUGGACGUGUGGCGGGCCUGCCGCGGCCUGUUUCGUCACCUGUCCCCUGACCCCGAGCUCUGGGCGCUGGAGGGCAACCAGGCCAAGUUCUGCCGCCACCUGUCCCUGGACGACACGGACUACUGCUUCCCGCGCCUGCUGGUCAACGAGAACCUCAACUCGAACCUGGGCCGCGUGCUGGCCGAUGCCCAGGGCUGCCUGCAGCUGUGCCUGGAGGAGGUGGCCAACGGGCUGCGCAACCCCGUGGCCAUGGUCCACGCCGGGGAUGGCACCCACCGCUUCUUCGUGGCCGAGCAGGUGGGGCUGGUGUGGGCCUACCUGCCCGACCGCGCGCGGGUGGAGAGGCCCUUCCUGAACAUCAGCAGGGCCGUGCUCACCUCGCCCUGGCAGGGCGACGAGCGGGGCUUCCUGGGCCUGGCCUUCCACCCCCGCUUCCGCCACAACGGCAGGCUCUACGUCUACUACUCGGUGGGUGUCGGCUCUGACGAGUGGAUCCGCAUCAGCGAGUUCAGGGUUGCCCAGGAUGACAUGAACGCCGUGGACCACAGCUCUGAGAGGAUAAUCCUGGAGAUCGAAGAACCAGCUGCAAACCACAACGGCGGCCAGCUGCUCUUCGGGGACGAUGGGUACCUCUACAUCUUUACCGGAGAUGGCGGGAUGGCCGGAGACCCCUUUGGAAAGUUUGGAAAUGCCCAAAACAAGUAUGUCCUGCUUUUGGCUGAUGACGUGCUCCCCAUAUUCGCCUACCCGCACAAACUGGGCAAGUCGGUUACGGGGGGCUACGUGUACCGGGGCUGCGAGUACCCCAACCUGAACGGCCUGUACAUUUUCGGCGAUUUCAUGAGUGGGCGUCUGAUGUCCCUCCGAGAGAACCCGGGGACAGGCCAGUGGCAGUACAGCGAGCUCUGCAUGGGCCAUGGCCAGACCUGCGAGUUCCCAGGGCUCAUCAACAACUACUAUCCACACAUCAUCUCCUUUGCAGAGGACGAGGCCGGGGAGCUGUACUUCAUGUCAACGGGCGUGCCGAGCGCCACAGCUGCACAUGGGGUCGUCUACAAAAUUAUCGACCCCUCCAGACGGGCCCCCCCUGGCAAGUGUCAGAUCCAGCCGGCCCAGGUGAAAGUGAGGAGCCGCCUGAUCCGCUUUGUGCCCAAAGAAAGUAAGUGCCCGCCAAUGGGGAAACGCGCGGGCCGUGGGCGUGUGGAGGUCUUCGCGGGCGGACGCUGGGGCACCGUGUGCGACGACGGCUGGGACAUCAAGGCCACCGCCGUGGUGUGCCGCCAGCUGGGCUUUGCGCACGCCGUGCGGGCCACCAAGCGCGCUGAGUUCGGCGAGGGCCGGGCACUGCCCAUCCUGCUGGACAACGUGCGCUGCGCGGGCGAUGAGCAAACCCUGCUGGAGUGCAGGCACGCUGGCCUGGGCACGCACAACUGCGACCACCAGGAGGACGCGGGCGUCGUGUGCAGCCACGAGGACCCCGACCUUCCGCGAGCGUAGUGGGUCCGGCCUGGCUGUCUUCUCUCCGGUAGGCGCUUGGCAGGGCCCUCCCCCUGCGCCCACCUGGCGCGUGCACACGAGUCGGAGGUGGAGGUGGCCCUGGGUGUGAUGCAGGAGGUGGCACACCGGAGCUGUGGACAUUCCUGAGGGGUGCGCGGUGUUUUCUGUGUGUCCCUGCUCAUGGGCCCUGAGUGUGCUGGGGCCUGUGGCCCUGUGCGUAUGCGGUCCUGGCAGGAGGCUGUCUUUUCUUACCUCUGAGCAGUCGCAGGAACACAACCUGGCCUUGGAACCCUGCAGCUGCCCUUCGUGGACGGACAUCGCCCCCGGCUGUGUCAACAG